UCACUCAGAUCAGAUCUCUUUAUAUUCACUUACGUGGCAGAAUAACCUCGACUUCGUGUGAUCUUCAUUUGCAUGUCGACAAUGACAGAAGAGAAUAUCGCUCAAAUACCCGGUUAAAAUUACCAGUUUUUCUUCCAAAAUCUUGGGUUUUUUUAGAAGAAUAUUCACCAGAAUAACCUAUGGAUGUCUAAAGAUUAAUUAUGAGUACUUCAGGCCUUGAUUUAGAGCUUUUAUCUGAGAUGACAGACCACAAAGAAUUCGAACGAACACACCUCACUGACGAUCUCGAAUUGGCAGCAGAAAUCGGGAAAAAUCUCUUGGAAAGGAAUAAGGAGUUGGAGUAUUUGCUCAARUCGUCACACCAGUACCUGGAGGAACAAUCGCUCAAAAAUGAGUUUCUGGCCAAACAAUUAGAUACUCUUCGAGAGGUGAACGACAGUAGAAACAAAGCUUUCGAACAAAUGGAAAUGACAGCAUUGGAACUACAGAAAGCUAACCAAAAGUUGCAAAGCGAAACAACAACGAUGAAGAAACGGUAUAAAGAUUUAGCAGAGAUGGUUGAAGGCAUGGACCUUCGCUGUGAGGAGUACAGGAAGGAAAUAGAAGACUUGCAAAAAGAAAGAGUUCGUCUUCGACGUGACCUGUCAAUGGCUUUGUCCAUUCGUGAAGAAAGCGAUACCUCUGAUAGUGAACUUACUACUUGURUAAAAAUAGAAAAACCAAACUUGACAGAGGAAUUACGAGUGGAAAACGAGAAAGAACUCGAAGCACUGAAUGAAAAAAUAUCAAAACUCAAAGAACAACAUUUUUUGGAAAGGAAAAAACGCGAGGAUCUUGAAUACGAGCUUUCCGAGUUAAUUCACGAAAAUCAACAUCUCGAAUCCCAGCUUCGUACUUUCGCAGAACAUGCCGAAGAAUGGCAACAGGUUGCUUCGGAAAAUACGACUGGCGAACGAAUUGCCGAUAUCUUACCGACAACAACMCGAAGCGACAGUACGGAGGAUCUCGUAGACGACGAUUCGUUUGUGSUUGUUACCGAGCAGUUGUCGAGGCAGUCGAGUGCAAUGUCAGAUCAUAGUGGUGUUGUCGUGUUGAGCCCGAGCKAUGAAAAACCAGAAACUUCGAGUCAAAAUAGCGCUUCGUUCUUUUCCGAACUUGGCGAUCAAUAUCACGAACUUGUGCGAAAAUAUGACGCUUUGUUAGAUAGAUGUAGACUUGAAGGUCUCGGGAAAAACUCGGCACCAAUCCCUAGGGUCCAAAGAGCAGUGCAAGUGAGUCCUUUACCAAGCCCUUUAGAAACCAGACCUCGCUCUUUCACUGAAGGGGACUUGAAGAAAGAUGGGACGAAGAGCAAAGAAUAUAAGAAAAUGUUUGAACAUAUUUACGCAAAGCUCGAAGAGUCUAAAAAUUUUCGACCUGGAACUCCAUAAGAGUAAACACAACAAGAGAAGGAUGCUUGGAUUUGCACAGCCGAGAUGGAAUGAAGAGAAAAAAAGACGGUUAAAAGGCAUGCAGCGAYAUCUUUUGUUUGUUUUGAUAUUAAACUUUUGAUUGUUUUUAGCGAUUUGAUUUUUAGCUUGCUGGACAAGAUAACAAGAUGUUUAUAUUAUUUUUAAGAAGUUUAAAUUACACUAUUAUUUAGUCAAUCGUCUCAGCUAGUUCAUUGACUCGAAGCAUUGGGGAAUCCCUUUUUGUUAUGAAACUCAAAUUUAUUUGUCUCGAAGGAAAAUUUUCCCCGCUAUGACAAUCGAGCUGAAGAAGUUUCAUUUCCUUCGCCACAAGAACUAAUUCCAAGGAAGUUCUAGAAAAGUAGACCAGCCUCAGCUGUAGCACAGAAGAUUAUUUAAAAACCCUAUGUUAUAAAAGAGCUAAUCAGAAUUAAAAACGGUCAUAAUAUCAA